AUGAAGGAAGUGCAAGUGGCGGAGGCCAGAGCCUUCUACGGGUUCCAGAUCGCGAUCGAGAACAUCCACUCCGAGAUGUACAACCUCCUCCUCGAGACCUACAUCAAGGACUCCGACGAGAAGAUCCGCCUCUUUCGCGCCAUCGAGACGGUGCCUUGUGUGGCCAAGAAGGCCCAGUGGGCCUUGAAGUGGAUCGACGGCGGGGAAUCGUUUGCCUAG